UUGGAUGAUAAUGGGAGAUUCUCAUUGCCGCAGGCCACAUGGAAUUGGCGCUCGAGGAACAAGACGGAGAAAUGGCUGCUCAUCACCACCUUUGUAAUGGCCAUUACGAUCUUCACUCUCUUGAUCGUCCUUUUCACAGACGGAGGCAGCAGCGAUGCGACCAAGCACGUCCUUCAUGUCCAGCCGCAUUUGAAAGGUUGUCCUUCCGGAAAUGAGCUUCCCUGCUUAAAUAAGCACUGUAUUUUUGCCUCCAGCGAGAUCCUCAAGUCCAUCGAUGUGACCGUGGAUCCCUGUGAUGAUUUUUACGGAUAUUCCUGCAAUCAGUGGAUCAAAAACAACCCCAUUCCCGAGGGAAAGUCCACGUGGGGCACCUUUGGCAAGUUGGAGCAGAUGAACCAGCUGAUCAUCCGCAAUGUGCUGGAGAAACCGGCCAAGAGUUUCAAGUCAAACGCGGAGCGGAAGGCCAAGGUGUACUAUGAGUCGUGCCUGGAUGCGGAUGAGCACAUGGAGAAACUGGGGGCCAAGCCCAUGAAUGAUCUCCUGCUGCAGAUCGGUGGAUGGAACGUGACCAAGAGCGGCUACAACGUGGCCAACUGGACAAUGGCCCGCACCCUCAAGACUCUGCACAACAGAUAUAACUUCAACUGCCUGUUUGGCUGGGCGAUUGGGGAGGACGACAAGAACUCCUCGCGGCAUGUCAUCCAGAUAGAUCAGGGCGGAUUAACGCUGCCCACAGCCGACUAUUACAACAACAAGACGGACAAUCACCGCAAAGUACUCAAUGAGUACAUUGAGUACAUGACCAAGGUGUGCGUCCUACUGGGCGCCAACGAAUCGGAUGCCCGGGCCCAGAUGAUCGGCGUCAUUAACUUCGAGAAAAAGCUGGCCAAUAUCACGAUUCCUCUGGAGGAUCGUCGCAACGAGGAAGCCAUGUAUCAUCCAAUGCAGCUGCGUCAGCUAGCCAAACUCGCUCCGUUCAUUAACUGGACGGAUCAUUUCGAUAAUGCCAUGCAGAUGGUCGGUCGCCGGGUCACCGACGACGAGGUGGUGGUCGUCUACGCCCCCGACUUCCUCAAGAACCUAUCGGACAUCAUUCUCAAGAUGGAACAGAGCGAGGAGGGAAAAAUCACCCUGAACAACUAUCUCGUCUGGCAGGCGGUUCGCACCUUGACCAGUUGUCUUUCGAAACCCUUCCGGGAUGCCUACAAGGGCGUGAGGAAGGCCCUCAUGGGAUCGGAUGGCGGCGAGGAGAUCUGGCGCUACUGCGUUUCGGACACCAACAAUGUGGUUGGCUUUGCCGUGGGUGCGAUCUUUGUGCGUCAAGCCUUCCAUGGGGAAUCGAAACCGGCGGCUGAGCAGAUGAUCGCCGAGAUCCGCGAGGCCUUCAAGACGAACCUACAGAACCUGACCUGGGUGGACAAGCAGACGCGCGAGAAGGCCAUUGAGAAGGCCAACGAGAUCUCGGACAUGAUCGGAUUCCCCGACUAUAUCCUAGAUCCCGUCGAGCUGGACAAGAAGUACGCCGAGCUGAACAUCACACCGAAUGCCUACUUCGAGAACAACAUCCAGGUGGCCAUCUACAAUCUGAAGAGCAACCUGAAACGCCUCGACCAGCCGGUGAACAAGACCAAUUGGGGCAUGACCCCGCAGACGGUGAACGCCUACUACACGCCCACCAAGAACCAAAUCGUCUUUCCCGCGGGCAUCCUGCAGACGCCCUUCUUCGACAUCAACAACCCCAAGAGCCUGAACUUCGGGGCCAUGGGCGUGGUCAUGGGUCACGAGCUGACCCACGCCUUCGACGACCAGGGGCGUGAGUACGACAAGUUCGGCAACAUCAACCGCUGGUGGGACUCCAAGAGCAUCGAGCGGUUCAACGAGAAGUCGGAGUGCAUCGCCCGCCAGUACAGUGGCUACAAGAUGAACGGACGCACCCUCAACGGCAAGCAGACGCUGGGCGAAAACAUAGCCGACAAUGGGGGCCUCAAGGCAGCCUACCACGCCUACCAGCGAACCAAGAGCGACCGUGAUGUGGAUGUCCUGAAGUUGCCUGGCCUGAAUCUCACCCACUCGCAGCUGUUCUUUGUGUCCUUUGCCCAGGUCUGGUGCUCCAGCACUACGGAUGAGACGAACCUGCUGCAGAUGGAGAAGGAUCCGCAUUCGCCGUCGCAGUUCCGGGUGAUCGGCACAUUGUCGAACAUGAAGGAGUUCGCCGAGGUCUUCCAGUGCAAGCCCGGCAAGCGAAUGAACCCCACCGAAAAGUGUGAGGUGUGGUAGAGGGAAUAGCUUAAUCCCGAUCUCAGAACGAGCCAAAGAUAAAGAUAAUGAUAAAGAUCAAGCCAAAGCCAAGCACAACCAUAUAUGUAUAUGUGCGGAUGGUGGAUGGAUGCAGACUGGGAGAUACGGCCUCAAAGUGCUGAUCCUAUCUUCCGGACUUCAUUGUUUUGAGUUGUGUCCAUUUUUUGUUUGCCAUUUGUAUUUUUGUCGAAAGACCGUCAGUCAUUGUGCCUAUGAAAAUGAUCGAAACUGACGAUAAAUUCACGGUCGUGCUCCAAGGAGUCUGGAGUUGGGAUUUAUGGAUCCUGGAGCAGGAUCAAGGGGACCUUUAACUACAUUUGAAUGUGAACGCACGAGCUACCAACUAUAUGGGGUGGGUGUGUGCGAUAUGAAACACAAGAUGGAGCAUACACCCAACGGGGCUGAUAUACAUAUAUAUAUAUAGAUAUGAUAACGGUAAACCAUAAAUGUAACUUAGCUAUUUGUAGAACUAUCAAUGUAUAUUGUAUUAUAAUGAUACAAAGUUCGCAGCUCGUAACCCAAGGAUGGGUUUUUUAUCUGUGCUCCGCUCUUUUUUAUACCUCCCAUUAAGAUACAUUCUAAAGAAUUUGAAAAUUCCCAACCUUUUUUCAGAAAAUACAUUGAUGUCGAAGUUCCUAAGUAAGGGAUAGGAAUGAAAUGAGGGUCUAGUGGGUGUGAAAUCGAAGGAGAUAGAGAUAUCGAGUGAGAGGCAAACAGUUUGUGUGCUUUUGAGUUGGCAGAGUGAAGAGGAAACAACUGAGUGAUUAAGUUUAACAUUUAUAUAAGUUGAAAUUAAAAAUGAUUAGCCCAUUUUAAAAUAUCUAUUUUUUUUUACUAGUUUUCUUAGUAUGCUAACUGUUGAUUUAUCUAUAAUUUACUAUCCUAUGAAGCAGAAAAAAAUAGAUAGAGCCAGCAAUUAAACAGAAAGAACACAAACACCAAUUAAUUAAUAAUUGCUCAGAUAUUGAGAUAUAUAGUCAGCCGAAUUGGACGCGUUUUCUUUGAACGAAGGAAAAACAUAUCAGACUAAGAUGAUGUGAGCGAACAAAAUCCAAUAGCAGCCACGUAAAUCUAUGGAAUUUAAAUAGGCACCAAAUCGAAAUCAAUCCAAGAAUUUAGCUAUAAGAUAAAAACACUCUCGAGCCGAAUCAGU